ACACUGGUGCAGAGAAAGACAGUAAGCAGGCUUUACAUGGCUACUGAGAAAGCGCGCGGCAAGCCGUGCAAUUUCGUGGAUCAGGACCAAAUCUGGAGAGUUCACGUUAACAUUGAACUUGAAUCAGCCAAAGCUUGGCCAAGUAAAUGGGGUUUUCUGAAAGAGUCCUACAGUGAGGUGCUAACAGAGGGCAACAGGGUGAGAGAAGAGAUGGAGAAACUGGAGCUUCCACAACAUUUGAGGACAAACCUUCCCACCCCGCCUGAGACAUAUAUCAAGGUGAUGCCAUCUUCCCCUGUUCCCCGGACAACGCAGGCUUUGAUUGGCUGGCGUUCUGCGGUGCCUGAGAUGCAGCUGGAUCACUUUGGGCAGGUGAACCGAUGCAAGAAGAGCUUCCUCAAGGAGCUUGGCUGGUCCAUCGACUCCUGCCGUUAAUGUCCAGCUGCCCUGCCCCAUUCCAGCAACAUGUCCACAGUAUUCAUUGGACGACAAAGCACCUCCCCAUCCUCUUCAACAAGCAGCUCAUUUAUAAAAUACUUUUUUUACCUACCACGGCUAGCUAGAAAUAAUCUGUUGACCACAUUUAUGGUUAAAUUCGAGUUCCUGUAAUUACAACACAGACACAAGAAUAAUUUGAAUUCACGGUCUUAAAAUGAUUAACUGCAUUCCUUUAUUAUAAUAUAAUUGCUGUAAUUAACACUUUUUUUUUUUAGAUGACAAAAAAUUUCAGCAAUGUAGGUAUACCACAGUGAGUUACACACUGUAGACAUCAGAAAUUUGCCUCAAGCAUUCAUGGAAAUUGCAAUUAAGAUGACAGUGGACUGUAUUUCAAACAUCCCAUAAUGGACAUUACAACCGUGUGGUGAAUUGGGGGUUGCCGUCUGUCCAGCAUUUUCACGCUACACUUUGUGAAUUCCUUAAUUUUUAUGACAGUGGGAACUAAAUUUCUUCAGGUGAACAUCUAUCCAUUUCCCAGCACAAGGCAGGGGACACCCCGACAGGAUUGGAGACUUCAGUUGGGCAAUUUGUGUGUGUGUGUGUGUGUGUGUGUUUAAUUCUGACUUUAUUUCACCACUUGAAUGUAGAAUAAAAAUCCACACCUAAAUGGCCCUUAUAGGGCAUGACAGCCUGCUGCAUUAAGAUAUUUUAUUGCUAUGUUUUUUGUAUUUAUAUAUUUUAACACUUGCAUUCUGCACAUAACCUUCAUUUAGUAAGGUAAUAGUUAUAACAUAAAAGAAACAAACUGCUUAGUGAAGCUGCCUAAACGUUUUUGAAUGUUGUGUUUGUUGGGCAGAUUGGAUAACGGCGAUGGUGAAGGUCGAUGUCCUACUUUUAUUGUUAGGUCACUGCACAGCAGGUAGAGUAAAGAACGGAGAUCAAUUCUUAUAAAUGGAGUUAGAAUUUGAUUUUUUUUUUUUUUUUAUGAUAUUAACAAAUGUAGUUGAUUCUCCAUGGAAUUUGAAAGUCAGGGGUAAAUUGCAUUACAAUGUAAAUUUAAAAAGUGCGUUUAUACAUGAAGGAGGCCAGAAAAGGCAGAUGUAAUGGAAUGGGCAAUGUAACGAUGAUGAUGAUGAUUACUAUUACAAUAACAAAUCACAAUGUGUACAACAUUUUGUGCCUGACAAAAUUUCAUAGGCCGAUUAUUUGCAAGGCACAUUAACUGGUCAGAGGCUCCUGGGAUAUUUCGGUU